AUGUGUCCAAAUAAAUUAGAUUGCCAGGAGACUGUGCCCCAAGAACAAAGCAGGAGAAGGUUGGAAAUGCCAGUCAGGGCUAUGACAGAACAAAGAUACCGUACACCCUCAAUCCGUGAUCUGGAGAAUGUCCUCUACUUAAGAAAUAAUACUUUCAGCCAUGUGGACGAGAUUGUGCCAAAUCUCUAUCUAGGAGACUCGUAAGCACUUGGAGCUACUGUACUUGGAAAAAAUUAAUGUAGUGAGUCCAUAGUAGGAAUUCCCAGUGUGAGGAAAAUAUCAGAUAUUGUGAGCUGCCUGGUAUACUAUAAAUACAAACCUUUAAUUAGGAACUAGGGUCAGUAACCUUCGGCACUCCAGAUGUUGUGGACUACAUCCCCCCAUGCUUUGCCAACAUUAUGACUGUUAGAGCAUUUUGGGAGAUAUAGUCCACAACAUCUGGAGUACCAAAGGCUGCCUAAUCCUGAAUUAGAUCAUGCUACUAUAACUAUAUAACUGUGUCCUAAAAACACUAUUUUACUGCUUAGGACAGGGGUAUCCAAAGGGUAGAUCCCCAGAUGUUUUAAAACUACAGCUUCCACAAUACUUUGUCAUUCUUAAGACAUGCAAAGCAUAAUGGGGGUUGUAGUCCUAUAACAUCUGGACAUCUACCUAUUGGGCACCCUUGGCUUAGGUGAUACCAUUGCUCUAAUUCUGCUAUUUAAGAUAUUCGAGAUGGACACUUUUUUUUAAACGAGCAUUGUACUGAAGCCUGCAGCUUACUCGUUUUGCCCAAAGCUUCCAGGACAUUUACUGUACAAUAAAAUAUUAGAUACUAAUUAACCUUAUGUUAGUGCCACAGAUUACUAUCAGGAAGAGUCAUCAAUAAGGGUAUAGAGCAGGAAUAGGCAACAUUGGGCACUCCAGAUGUUUUGGACUACACCUCCCAUAAUGCUUUGCCAGAAUUAUGGAUGUAAGAGCAUUAUGGGGGAUGUAGUCCACAACAUCUGUAGUGCCGGAGGUUGCCUAUCCCUGGUAUAGAGGCAUUCUAAACACCAAAACCACAGGUUUUUUUUGCGUUUGUGGUGCUUUGAAUCUUUGGUAGCUGUCCCUUGUUUUGUCUAUUAACAUUUUAAGAUGUAUUGAGAACAAGUAGUCUGCAGUUGCUGUACAAGGCCAGACUGUAACAGAUAGAUAAUAAAUGAGUGAUGCUUCCUCAUUAUGUGAGCCGUAAUAGUGUGGCUAGUUUUUGGUAAAGGAAAAUGCCUGUUUUUGCCAAAAACAUUCAAAAUAGAUUUACAAAAAAAGAGUGAGGGAGGGGGCGUCCUAAACACUCCUUACACCAUAGCCAUGGCCAUAACAGAAAAACAUUCAGCAUGCCCACUUCAGCAAUUUGAAGUGCUCAUGGUACUUGUACAUGCAGGAUUUCAGUAUGAAAGCUGUAGUGGGUAUGAUACUUGGAGUGUUGCUUUAACUAUUACAAAAUAAUUUUGUGUGGUUUAUCAAGUCUUUUUUUAUGACGGCUUUUUUUUUUUGAUGGUUCUGUGAAUGUGUUGAUAAUGUUUCUUCAUAAAGAUUGCAGUCACUUAAAGGGAUACUAUAGUGCCAGGAAAACAAGCCUGUUUUCCUGUAUAGGUUUUUAAGGAGCCCCCCCUCCCAUGUGCCCCCCUCCCGCAGUGCUGAAGGGGUUAAAACCCCUUCAGUCACUUACCUGAAUUCAGCGCUGAUGUCCCUCUGCGCUGGGCCAGGAUCCGCCCACGAUCCUCCCCCGCAGACAUCAGCCAGCGGGGAAGACCUGAUGCGCAUGCGUGGCAAUGGCUGCGCUUAUAUUAGCAUUUCCCUAUAAGAAAGCAUUAUUCAAUGCUUUCCUAUAGUGAAAAAUCUAACGCUGGAGGUCCUCAUGCAGAGUAUGAGGAUGUCCAUCAUCAGAUAACAAAGGUCCGUUUUGAUUCCAGAAGCGCCCCCAGUGGUUGUCUGGUAGACAGCCACUGAGGGCAGACUUAGAGCUGCAAUGUAAACAUUGCAGUUUCUCUGGAACUGCAAUGUUUUAAAUUGCAGCACUAAGUGCAAAAGGUUCACAGCACCCAGACCAUUUCAAUUAGCUGAAGUGGUCUGGGUGCCUACAGUGUCCCUUUAAGUUUGACUGUUUAACAUAAAAUAAAGGGCCUUUUCUUUCUCCAAAACGAUAAUGGUAAAAUUAUUCUUAAAACUAUUGGAAAGGUGAGACUUCUUCAGCAUUGUUAAUGAUUCAUUGCCCAUUAACAUGUUGAUCAUUUUCAAACAGCAUAUUGUAAUUUACCCUACAGUGUUAAAUGAUUGUGGUGGCCUAUGUUAAUUCUUCUAAUACACGUAUAUUUAGGUUUAAAGCAGAUAUACACCUUCUCACAUGACGAUAGCUACAUUUUGUUGUUAUUUCAAUCCUUUUGGAAUACUAUUAUAUAUUUUUUUCUUCUGAUUCAGGUUUGUUGCAAGACACAAGCAUUAUCUCCAUAGCCUUGGUAUCACCCAUAUCCUGAAUGCAGCACAUGGACAGUGCGGUGUCAAUGUAAAAGCAGGAUUCUAUGCAGAUAUUCCAAUAUGCUAUUAUGGCAUAAAGGCUAUCGAUGAUCCUUCUUUUAACCUUAGUGUCUUCUUUAAUUCAACAGCAAAGUUCAUAAAGGAAGGAUUAGAGAGCCCACUGGGUAAGUUGCAAAACACUGUACAGUUUAUGCUUUAUAUGUGUUAAUGGUUUAAACACCAUGAAAUGCACAGGGUAGUCUCUGUUUCAUUGUUGUUAUCAAGGGUGGUGGGGGUCGAAGACUUACAAAGCCACAAAAAUGGAGCUCACUCCACGAUCUGUCCUUAACAUUAAUUGUUCCACAUGUCUUCUCAAGCAUUUAGUACUCUAAAAAACUGCACAGAAUUUACAUUAGCCAGCACAUAACUCUAGUUUUAUAGGCAUCUUCUUAUAUCCAAUGUCACCAUAUUAUAAAAUACCUGUAAAAUCAGUUUGGUGAUUGAGUGUUUUUUUUUUCGAUGUAUGUAAUUUUGGGGGGGAUUUAAUAAGAGUAUGUCUCCAAUUACUCAAGAUUACCACCUACUAAAAAAUUACUGUUUAUUAAAUUCAUGGUUCAGUUCUUUUAAAAACAAUGUGUUCUCCUCUCUCCACAGGUAAAGUAUUAGUUCAUUGCGCUAUGGGAAUAAGCCGAUCAUCCACUUUAGUCAUUGCGUUCCUCAUGAUCCACAGGAGAUUGUCUGUUAUGGAUGCCAUCAAACUUGUAGUCGAAAAAAGGUACAUCCGACCGAACAAUGGCUUUCUCGCCCAGCUUAUUCAACUGGACAAGCAGUUAAGACAUAGCGGAGUUUAG